GGUUCACGCCCAGAUUUAGCCCAAUAUGGCGCAUCUCUAUUUUUCUUUUUUCACAUAUUUCAUUCAGUUUCGAUACUGCGUAGAAACGACGCCGUCACGCCGCCGGAAUCUCUUCUGCGUCUACAGCAGUGCCGGUGAUCCUCAGGUUGAAGGAUUAUGUUCGUUUCGAGGUUUUGUAAGCUAGGAGUUCGUGCUAUCAAUAACUUGGAAAAAUCUCCUACUCUAACAGCGAGGACUUCAUACUUCCCCAAGGCUUAUAAUCCGUAUUUAGGUUCCCUGAGAAACAAAUUAUUUUGCAGUACAGCUCAAGCGAACUCAGAGCAAAGAAAUGAAGAAAAGGAAAAAAUAAAUGUGAUAUUUUUCGACAAAGAUGGAGAAGAGACGCAUAUAAAGGUCCCGGUUGGAAUGUCGAUGCUAGAAGCUGCACAUGAGAAUGAGAUAGAGCUUGAAGGAGCAUGUGAAGGGUCUCUUGCUUGUUCCACCUGUCAUGUUAUCGUGAUGGAUGUGGACCAAUAUAACAAAUUAUCUGAGCCAAGUGAUGAGGAAAACGACAUGUUAGAUCUGGCAUUUGGCCUAUCAGAAACAUCUCGUCUAGGUUGUCAAAUUAUCGCCAAACCCGAACUCGAUGGACUUCGUUUAGCCAUACCUGCAGCUACACGGAACUUUGCUGUUGAUGGAUUUAAGCCGAAACCUCAUUAGAUCAUAUUCUUGUAGAUAGAAGAUGAAAUAAGUCCUUUCUGUACACUGGCAAUGGCUGAUGAUCAUCAAACUGUUUCGACGGUCAAUGUCUCAUCGUCUUACUUCGUGUAUCACCGGAGAAGAAGGCUGCGCUUCUGAGUAACUAGUGGUGUUAUGAUAAAGUAAACGAGAUAAUUCAUUUUUGAAGGAGCGCACAGUUUCACUUCUUGCGUUCUUGAGUUAAUGUAAUAUUCAAAUCUAUCUGUUUAUUGCUCUAAAUAGAAAUUUGGUACAAACCAAAGUUUUGGACA